UGGUUUUAUUUAGGACCCCGGGGGAAGCAGCAGAGCGUGGCUGGGAGGCGAUACUUGUGCGUUUAUAUACUGAGCGCUCACUGCACCAACUACUCACUGGCACAUCUCUCCCCUCAGCGCACGGCUCAAUACAGACAGCGCAGAGACACUGUGUAGUGAAUAGAGACAGUGCAGAGAGACUGUGUAGGGCUGAAUAGAGAGUCCAGGAUUAGAGACAGACAGUGCAGGAGUAGCAGUAGCGAGAGGCGCACGCAGUGCAGGGACAGAUCAGUGAGAGGCGCAAAGCGCACGGACAGUUGAUGAGAGGGAGCGGCGCAGAGAAGUAAAGGCUACAAAGCGCACAGACAGUUGAAGGAGUGAAGUUGAGUGACACACAGACAGGACAGAAGAAGUCCGGUGCUUAUGUACAACAAGCAGCGCUACAUUGGGCUGGGAUGACAGGCGCGGCGCUAGUGCAGAGUUGAGACGCACGACUGGAACAUCCCACACACUCGCGAUCCGCUUGUACCGACCAACACCUGCGACUCUCCGCCCCCCAUGGACUUGUCUCCGGACUCGCCGCCUCUCAUUCUUCUCUGAUGGAAAAGUCGCAGGAGCUUUGUGUGAUGUUUAAACCCCUCCAGCCACCGGCAAUGGAGCUUCUACCCCACCAGCCCCGGGAUCUGCUGUGAGAGGGUCGCGACCCCCCAAACUCCACGUGUUCAGUAUUUGUACCCACCGGGGUCGCCCGCGGAAACCCACCGACUCAUCGAUCCCUAGAGCGGAGCAUCGGAGCAGUCACUUCUCACAGUAAGGCUGCUGUGUUUAGCUGCAUUGCUGGGGACUGUGCAUCACCUGAACUGCUUGCCAGAGGAGCUGACGCUUUAUCUCCCCACCAGGAAGGAUACCAUCUAUUUUGUAUUAUUAUUAUUAUUAUUAAUAAUAAUUCUCUUCCGUUCACCUAAACGUGGUGAUUUCAAGGCCGUCCAAAUGCAGUUUCAACUCUUUUCAUUCGCCCUGAUCAUCCUGAACUGUGUGGAUUACAGUCACUGCCAAGCCUCCCGCUGGAGACGGAGCAAGAGAGCCAGCUAUGGGACCAACCCGAUAUGCAAAGGUUGCCUGUCCUGCUCAAAAGAUAAUGGGUGCCUCCGCUGCCAGCCAAAACUGUUUUUCUUUCUGCGAAGAGAAGGUAUGAGGCAGUAUGGAGAGUGUCUGCAGUCCUGCCCUCCGGGAUACUAUGGAGUCAGAGGACCUGAUAUGAACAGGUGUUCCAGAUGCAGAAUUGAAAAUUGCGACUCUUGUUUUAGUAGAGAUUUUUGCAUAAAGUGCAAAUCGGGCUUUUACUCCCUCAAGGGGCAAUGCUUUGAAGAAUGCCCAGAAGGAUUUGCACCACUGGAUGAUACCAUGGUGUGUGUGGAUGGCUGCGAAGUAGGGCCAUGGAGUGAAUGGGGCACAUGCAGCCGAAAUAACAGAACGUGCGGUUUCAAAUGGGGCCUGGAGACCAGAACGCGACAAAUUGUGAAGAAACCAGCAAAAGACACCAUCCCCUGCCCAACUAUUGCUGAAUCCAGAAGAUGUAAGAUGGCAAUAAGACACUGCCCUGGAGGAAAGAGAACUACAAAGAAGAAGGACAAGAGGAACAAGAAGAAGAAAAAGAAGUUACUGGAGAGGGCCCAAGAGCAGCACAGUGUCGUCCUUGCUACAGACCGGUCUAGCCAAUAGAGACAGAUCCUUACAUUUUUCUUUUUUGCUAAGUGCACAACGGCUGCUACAUGCUCUUGCACACGAAUGAACUGCGGAACCGCUGCUUUAACAGUAUUGGUUGCAAAUAACAUGUGAACCGAUUCACAAGGUUGUUUGUGUUAUUUAUACAUUUUUAAUUUUUUUUUCCUCAAUCCGGAACUUCCAAAAAGGAGUGAACGCUGAGUUGAAUCAGUGUUGUAGUUGGGACAAAGAAUUUUUUGUUUUAAUUAUUGUUUCUUCGGUUUUUAUUGUAGUGCCUGUGAGGGGCACUGGCAGAAUUCUUUUUGGAAAAGGAACUGUUGUAGAAAUUGCAGAAGCGAUCUACAACUACUCGGACUUGUGUAUAUUUCUGUGAAAGGAAAAAAAACAGAAUAAAGAAACCCCUUGGUGGGACCGACCCAAUAUCAAUUUUUUUUGCUUGUUUUACAUACUGUACAUUUCACGAUUGUACAUGAAAUAUUUGUUUAGGUGAUGUUUGUUCCCAGCGCCUAUUUUAUUAAAACAGUUGUAUAAUGAAACUGUUUAAGCUAAUAUACUGUACUACAGAGGUAACUGCUUAUUGUCCCUUGUAGCCUAUUGGUUAUUUGUACAUAGUGCUGAGAAGCUACACAUAAUAAACUUAUUUACUGUGUAA